CCUGAGUCCUUGGACCAAAAAGCCACCGUCCCCAUGUCGGAGAGCGACGCUGAGCGCUCGGAAGGUGGACAAUCGCGUGGCGAGCCACGGCCGAAGCGUCCUCGUGCUGGUCCAAAGCGCACCAGCGUGGACACUCGUGGAGUUUCAGCUGGCACCGGGUCUGUUUGCAAGCUUUUCGUGAGAAAGGCGCCGUGCAAUUUCGCGGACCCGUGGCGGAAGCACAGCCAGCAAUCCUCCACCGGAACCGGCUUUUUGCUGGAGAAUAGGUGGGUGGUCACCAACGCGCACGUGGUGCACCGUGCGGUCUCGGUGCUCGUGCGGCCCACCACGGGAAAUCCGGUGAAGUACAACGCCAGGGUGGUUGCUGUGGGCUUACCUUGUGAUCUGGCGGUGCUGCAGGUGGACGAGGCCUUCUGGAAGAACAAGGAGUCCCUGAACCUCUCCCGUGACAUCCCGAAGCUGGACGACAACGUCACGUGCAUUGGUUUCCCGGUGGGCGGGGAGAACAUCUCCGUGACGCGUGGCGUGGUCUCGCGCAUCGAUGUGAAUAUCGAUGGUUUGAUGCGCAUCCAAAUCGAUGCCGCCAUCAACCCAGGCAACUCGGGAGGCCCCGUCUUGGGUGCUCAUGGCUUGGUCGUGGGCAUGGCCUCGAGCAUUCUGAAGAACGCCUCUAAUAUUGGCUACAUCAUCCCCUCUCAGGUGUUGGAGCAAUUCAUCUCCUGUAUAGAAACGGCCGACGAUGGAGCUGUCAGGAGCUGCUACUUGGGCACCUCCUCCCUGGGCAUCGGCCGUGUUCAGACGCUCGAGAGCCCCGCGCUGCGCCGCCGGCUGAAGCUUCCGGAGGGCUGCACCACCGGCGUGCGGCUGUGCCGGGUGUUCCCUUUGGGAUCCUCUGCCCAAGUCAUGCAGGAGGAUGAUGUCUUGCUGGAGAUCGACGGAGUGGAGAUUAGCCAGGAUGCCACCGUGCCCUUGCGCGACAAUGAGCGCAUCCACUUCGGUCAUCUCGUCACCAAGCACAUCGCAGGUUCUCCAAUGGAGGUCAGGAGUCUCUCAUGCCGCGAGAAGGUGAAGGUGAAGCUGUGGCGAGAUUCAGCGCCGCAGGAGGUGGAGAUCUCUUUGAAGCCCGAUCGCUGGCUGGUACCCCGCAUCGAUGGCUAUGACGCCGCCGCGGAAUAUGCCAUCAUCGGUGGCCUGGUCUUCAUCCCCUUGAGCCACCCAUGGGCCGAGCUCAAGAGCCAUGACAAGCACUGGAGCUCUUCCCGUGCAUUGAUCCAUCACUAUUGGGGAGAAGCUUUAGACGAAGACGGACGACAAGUGGUCGUUCUCUCGAAGGUCUUGGCACAUCCCUGCAACUUGGGCUACCACAACCUCAGUAACCUCAUCCUCUCUCGCUUUGCGGGGCAGCAGUUGAAGAACCUGGCGGAGCUCGCGCGGGCGGUCUCGCGAUGCGAAGAGGAGCAGUUGGUGUUCCACUUCCAGCGCCCUCACGGCGAUGGCGGGGAGCUGGUGGUCUUGGAUCGUCAUGAGGCCCAUGACGCCGAAGCUGAGAUCUUAGCGCAGCACCUCAUCGGGGCGCCCUGCAUGGUGCGCUGCGACGGCCAGGGCGAGCCAAGGCCCCUGGAUGAAGUGCCAGAGGUGCCGGUUGGCCAGGUCAGAGAAGAUGCUGGCAACAGAUCUGAGGGGCCAGUGGUGACAUGACAACAAUUCCUGGAUCUAUACUUCAUGAACAAAGCUUCAUCCACCAAGUAUUUGAUUUUUCC